AAAAAGCACAGAAUAUUAUUAAUAAUAUUGUUUAUGGGAAAGUCAAUAUCGCUGAUGUGAUGCCUAUACUGGAGAGCUUGGGAGUUGAGUUAAGUAAAGAAAAGCUCACUGAGACUCUAAAAUCCAUAAAACCUGAUGAAGAGGGAAAGGUGGCAUUUGAGGAUGUAGCCAACAAAUUAAUUUCAAGCAAAGAUGCAUUAAAGGGCCAACAAAUAGAGAAUGCACGUACAAUUCUUUUCAAUGUCACCAAUGGGAAAGUUGCUCUUGAAGAUUUGUUACCUACUAUGGAGUCCUUGGGAAUUGAUUUAGCUGAUGAAGCUCUUAAAGAAACACUGCAAUCAGUUGAACCUGAUGGUGAUGGAAAAGUAGAUUUCAAGGAAACUAUUGAGGAAUUCCUUAAGCAAAAAAAGCUACAAAUAGCCCAACAAAUAGAAAAAGCACAGAAUGCUGUUUCCACUGUAACCAAUGGGAUGAUCCCUGUUGAGGAUUUAUCAUCUACCCUGGAAAGCUUUGGAAUCAAACUAAUAGAUGACCUGCUUAAGAAUAUUCUGCAGUCUGUUGGAACUGAGGAUGAUGGAACAGUGAAUUUAAAGAAAUUUGUGGAAGAACUACAGAAGGAUGAAGAAUUCCCAAAGGAUAAAGAAACAGAAAAAGCGUUAAAAGCUGUCACCAAGUUUGCUGAGGAGAAAGUCAAGAUCAGUGAUGUCUCUCCUAUUCUGGAGAGCUUAGGUGUCAAGUUACCUAAAAAAGACCUUCAAAAAGCAUUGGAAACUCUUAAAACUUUUGGUGGACCAGUGAAAUUGAAGACUAUUGUUGAUAAAUUAGCUACUAAUGAAGAAUUUCCCGAAUACCAACGAAUAGAAGAAGCAUGUAAUGCUGCCAUAAAUGUUAUUGAUGGGAAGGUAAAAAUUGAUGAACUGAUGCCCACCCUGCAGCACUUGGGAGUCCAGGUAGCUGAUGAUCUUAUUAAAGAAACACUGGAAUUGGUGACACCUGAUGAUGAUGAAACAGUCAAUUUACAGGAAUUUAUUGACAAUUUAGCAAAAUCUGAACCAUUUAAAGAUAUCCAACGAAUAGAAAAUGCGCGUGAAUUUGUCAGCAGUACUAAAGAAGGGAAAGUGAAGAUGGAUGACUUGUCACCUACUUUGGAAACAUUGGGAGUGGAUUUAACACCUGAAGAGAUGAAGGAAACUCUGAAAUCAGUUCAGCCUGAUGAGAAUGGAGAUGUGGAUUUAAAGGAUUUUGUCAAGAAAUUGGCAGAAAUGGAAAAUUUUAAGAAGUGUAAACCACUAAAAGAUGCAUGUAACGUUUUUGACAACAUCACUGACAGAAACAUCAGUGUUAGUCAACUCAUCCCUACAAUGAAGGAUUUGGGGGUUUCUCUGAAUCAGGACGAAGUUAAUGAGGCAUUGAAAUCUGUGGAGGUUGAUGAACAUGGAAGAGUUAAUCUAAAGGACUUUCUUGAUGUUUUAUCUAAAACUGAAAAUUUUUUGGAAGGUCAACGAUUAGAAGAUGUAGGUGACAUUAUCUCAAAAAUCACUGAUGGAAAAGUCAUGGUCAGUGAUUUGGCCCCUACCCUGGAGAGCUUGGGAGUCCAGGUAACUAAACAAGACAUUAAGGAAGUACUGCCAACUGUCAAGAUGGAUGUAGAUGGAGCUAUAAACUUAAAGAGUUUUGUUGACAAUUUGGCUAAAAGGCAACAAUCGAAGGAAGCAAUGCGUGAGUAUGAAUUUCAAAAAAGGAGUGACUAA